UCUGAAUUGGGCUUUUUACGGGAAUGGAUAAUAAAAAAGAGAGAUGCUCGAUCUCCCCAAAUUAGAGUAAACCCUAAUCGUUUCUUCUGUAGCUUUUUUUCUCUCUCUCUCUGUUGAAGAAGAAGAAGAAGAAGAAGAAGAAGAAGAAGGGGAUCCAAAGAACCUUGAGUGUGUGUGUUUGUCGUCUCUUGACUUGUAGUAUUUUUUUCUCUCGUGAAUCUCUCUCUUUGUCUGUGAUUUCUUCGGCGAAGAGAGACAUAGAUCGGAUAUGGCGGCUGAGAAUACGGGUGCGAAAUCGAGCCCCGGUGCGGAUUCUUACGUCGGGAGCUUGAUUAGUUUGACGUCUAAGAGCGAGAUCAGAUACGAAGGGAUCCUUUACAAUAUUAAUACAGAUGAAUCUAGUAUCGGACUUCAAAACGUUCGAUCAUUUGGAACUGAAGGAAGGAAAAAAGAUGGUCCGCAAGUUCCUCCAAGUGAAAAAGUUUAUGAGUACAUAUUGUUCCGUGGAACUGAUAUCAAGGAUUUGCAAGUCAAAGCUUCUCCACCAGUUCAGCCUCCUCCACCUACUAUAAAUAAUGACCCUGCUAUAAUUCAGUCUCACUUCCCUGGCCCGAUUCCAACAUCUGGUAGCUUGCCUUCUACCGCGAGUGGGUCACUGCCUGACAUUAGUUCUCAUAAUGGACAACCUGGACAACACGGGAUGGGAUUUCAAAACACAAUGCCUUUGUAUCAGCCUAGUGGAAAUCUUGCUUCAUGGGGAGCAUCGCCACAACCGCCAAUGUAUUGGCAAGGAUUCUACACCCCACCUCCCAGUGGCCUUCCCCAAUUGCAUCAACAGUCUCUGAUUCGACCCCCUCAUGGGCUGCCAAUGCCCAAUUCUCUGCAGCAACCCCUGCAAUAUCCUAACUUUAAUACCCCUCCACCUACUGGUCCAUCAAAUAUGCAGGGUUCGAGCUUGCCAGAACCACCCUCGUCAUUAUUUCCUUUUAGUACUAGUUCUCAAAUUCUAGCACCUAGUUCAUUGCCUUUCCCUGCUCUACCACCUGUGACGCUGUCGUCAAGCCUGCAAUCUACACUGCAAUCAGCACCAUCUCCUUCACUAGCUUCAGAGAUGGCACCUCCGUUACUCUCGAACAAAGCUCCUAUUACUGCGCCUCCUACCCUACCGCAGGAUACUACUGUGCUUCCCUUUUCUUUAUCAACCACUAGAGCCACAGAAGCAAGUCCUGGCCUUUCAUUGCCUAACAAGUCUAGUGUAGUUACUGGUCCAAUUUCUCAGCCGCAGGCAACACCAUUAACAUCUGCUCCUGCUGCUGGAGUUUCUAGUUCCAAUAGCCAAGAUAAGCCAAAACCUUUGUUGGUUACUCCUGGCCAACUGCUGCAGUCUGGAUCCUCUGCAGUCUCUUUGUCCCCACCCUCUACAAAUGCAGAUAAAGAUGUUGAGGUGGUUCAAGUAUCAUCAUCAGCUGGGUUGGAACAAUCUGUUCCAGUUACAUCCGAAGCCCAACCUCCAAUACUGCCAUUGCCUUCCUCUGCGAGGCCAACUCAGAAGCCAAACGGGCAUUCUUUCCCAACUCAUAAUGGUUACAGGGGACGUGGAAGAGGAAGAGGAAGAGGAGCAGGGAGAUCACACCAGGUAAUGAAGUUCACUGAAGAUUUUGAUUUCACCGCGAUGAAUGAAAAGUUCAACAAGGAUGAAGUAUGGGGUCAUCUUGGGAAGAGUUCUACCCUUGAUGGUGAUGAAGAUGAUGAUUCCCCGAUUGUAGAUGAGGCUGAGCUGCCUAAGAUCGAUGUCAAACCUGUUUACAACAAAGACGACUUUUUCGAUAGCCUCUCAUCAAACAACAUUGACCGAGAGUCCCAAAAUGCAAGGCCUAGGUUCUCAGAGCAAAGAAAACUAGAUACUGAGACAUUUGGUGAGUUCUCGAGAUUCAGAGGAGGUCGAGGAGGGCGUGGUGGUUAUGGUCGAAACGGUUAUUCACGGGGUGGUUAUGGUGGCCGUGGUUAUGGCGGUUAUGGUGGCCGUGGUGGUGGCGGCGGUGGCUAUGGAUAUGGUGGGCGUGGCCAGGGGAGAGGCGUAUCAAAUCGUACUUCCUAAAAAGGUCUGCUAUAAAGGGUUCUAAAGACUCAAGAAACCCAGUGGGAGCUCGUGCUUUCGGUAUGUGUGGCAAUAAAACAAAAAAAACCAUGAGUCUUGUGUAAUGUUUCUGUUAAACCCCCUUGUGUGGUUUUCGAGUGUAUCAAUUUGAUUUCGGAUCUUUGUUUUAAGACUUGGUAAUAGCGUCUUUCUUCUUAUAUUCAAUCAAUGUUAUUUUGCACUUUUGUA